UUGUCGUUGGGGGAAGUUGUGAGUGACCGGAGAAAGGGCUAGGAGCGGUGGUGGACCGGCCGCAAAGCCCAGCGAGCGAUUACCUUGUUCUCGGCUGCUCGUGAUAUCGGCCCCGGACAGAAAUGUCGAGAAGACGGCACAGUGACGAUAAUGACGGGCAACCUCACAAACGGAGAAGGACAUCUGAACCAAUUGAAAUUGAAGAUCGGUUGGAAUCUUUGAUAUGUCGUGUCGGAGAAAAGAGCACAUCCUCAUUGGAGAGCAACUUGGAAGGUCUAGCCGGAGUUUUAGAAGCUGACCUGCCAAACUAUAAAAGUAAAAUCCUAAGAAUACUUUGUGCUGUAGCACGACAGCUUCCUGAAAAGUUAACCGUAUACACAACACUGGUGGGGCUAUUAAAUGCAAGGAACUACAACUUUGGUGGAGAGUUUGUUGAAGCUAUGGUUCGACAACUCAAGGAAACUUUGAAAACAAAUUUAUACACCGAGGCAGUUUUUUCUGUUCGAUUCCUGUCUGAUCUUGUGAACUGCCAUGUGAUUGCAGCUCCUUCAAUGGUGGCAAUGUUUGAAAAUUUUAUCAGCGUAACACAAGAGGAAGAUGUACCACAGGUACGCUGUGACUGGUAUGUGUUUGCAGUACUCUCUUCUCUGCCCUGGGUUGGGAAGGAGCUGUAUGAGAAAAAAGAUGUAGAGAUGGAUCGAAUCCUAUUACAGAUUGAAAGUUUUCUGAAGAGACGUCAAAAGCAUCAUGUACCAAUGUUACAAUGCUGGACUGCUGAACAACCUCAUCCACAGGAAGAGUACUUGGAUUGCCUUUGGGCACAAAUUCAGAAAAUGAAAAAAGAUCGUUGGCAGGAGAAACACAUCUUAAGGCCAUAUUUGGCGUUUGAUAGCGUACUCUGUGAGGCCUUGCAACACAACUUGCCACCUUUCACCCCACCGCCUCACACAAAGGAUUCCAUCUAUCCUGUGCCACGAGUCAUUUUCAGAAUGUUUGACUACACAGAUGCCCCUGAGGGCCCAGUAAUGCCUGGUAGCCACUCUGUUGAGAGGUUUGUGAUUGAGGAGAAUCUGCAAUGCAUCAUCAAAUCUCAUUGGAGGGAAAGAAAGACAUGUGCUGCCCAGCUGCUUAGUUAUCCUGGAAAGAACAAGAUUCCUCUGAAUUACCACAUAGUUGAGGUUGUCUUCGGAGAACUUUUCCAGUUGCCGUCACCUCCUCACAUUGAAGUCAUGUAUACAACACUGUUGAUUGAACUCUGCAAGCUGCAGCCUGGCUCUUUACCGCAGGUGCUUGCACAAGCUACAGAGAUGCUAUAUAUGCGGAUCGAUAGGAUGAAUACAAUUUGCAUAGACAGAUUUAUCAAUUGGUUUUCUCAUCAUUUGAGUAACUUUCAGUUCAGAUGGAGCUGGGAUGAUUGGUCUGAUUGUUUGGCUUUGGACCCCGACCAAGCCAAACCAAAAUUUUUGCGUGAAGUGUUGGAAAAAUGUAUGAGGCUUUCCUAUUAUCAAAGGAUAGUGGAUAUUGUACCUGAGAACUUUGCAGCUCUGUUACCUGCUAAUCCACUGUGUAUUUACAAGUAUGGCGAUGAGAGCAACAGUUCUCUGCCUGGUUAUGCUGUGGCUGUCAGUGUCUGCAAUGCUAUUAAAAGCAAAGCAAGCAAUGAUGAAAUCUUAAGCAUACUAAAAGACCUACCAAAUCCUAAUCAAGAGGAUGAUGAUGAUGAUGAAGGAUUCAGCUUUAAUCCUUUGAAGAUUGAAGUUUUUGUGCAGACUUUACUUCACUUGGCUGCCAAAUCCUUCAGCCAUUCCUUCAGUGCUUUGGCAAAGUUUCAUGAGAUUUUUAAGACUUUGGCUGAAGGUGAUGAGGGCAAACUACAUGUACUAAGAGUCAUGUUUGAUGUUUGGAAGUGUCAUCCUCAGAUGAUGGCUAUGUUGGUCGAUAAAAUGAUCAGAACACAGAUUGUAGACUGUGCAGCAGUAGCAAACUGGAUCUUCUCUUCAGAAAUGGCACACGAUUUCACUAGGUUGUAUGUCUGGGAAAUUCUUCACUCCACUAUCCGGAAGAUGAACAAACAUGUACAAAAGGUCCAGAAGGAACUUGAAGAGACUAAAGAUAAACUGGAUAAACAGCACAAAAGACGAGACAGUGAUGAUGACUAUGAUCAGAACAGUGAUGAAGAUGAAGAUGGUCCUUUGGAAGAACAGAUUGAACGUCUUCAGGAGAAGGUUGAAUCUGCUCAAAGUGAACAGAAAAACCUCUUCCUAGUAAUUUUCCAGCGUUUUAUAAUGAUCUUGACAGAACAUCUUGCAAGGUGUGAAACUGGUGGGAUUGAUUUUAACACACCUUGGUAUAAGAACUGCAUUGAACGUUUACAGCAAAUUUUCCUCCAGCAUCACCAAAUCAUUCAACAGUACAUGGUCACUUUGGAGAACCUGCUGUUCACAGCUGAGCUGGACCACCACAUACUAGCUGUCUAUCAGCAGUUCUGCGCUCUUCAGUAAUCACAAUUGUGUACUGCAGUCGUAUUUUCCAAAUCCCACCUUUUUUUUUUGGCACUUCUUUCAGUCUUUCAUCAAUGAGUACAAGCAACAUCCUUGUAUUGAUAAUACCUUUUCUGAAGCUUUUUUGCCCAAUUAUCUGUGAAAACCAUGGAGCAUGAAGAAAGUUGCCAUUCACAUUAGAAAGGAUUCCUCUCCUCAAAACAAACAAAUAGACUUUAAUAGUUAGAGACUGUAGAGGCUCAAGAGAUGAACAUACAUAAUUUGAUUUAAGUCUUUUGGAAUUGACCUAAGUUUUAAAUUUGCUUUGUACUUGGUCUGGUUUGGUUUUGGAUACAGUGUAAUACUGCAUCUUGCUAAUUAAUACCUGAUCUCUCCUUAUGAUCUACUUUCCAGUUUAUACAUUUAAGUUGCAUGUUGUAACUUGUCUGAAAUUGUGCUCCUUGAUAGUAGACCAAAGUUUUGAAUUUAGACGUUGUAUUGUGUUCUUUUGGUUCUAGCAACAGCAAUAGGUAACUCUAUUGAUAUCAAUGGGACUGAAUUUAUUUGGGAUACUGUCCUUUUUUUAAAAAAAAAUGAGAGGGUAUGCUGUUUUAAAAUUUUAUAAACCCAUCCAAGUCACACAGAGUGGGAAAUGGAGAGAUGAAGCUACCACAUAGUUGAAAAAACUAAUUAAUAUUUUUUAUAAUUCUAAUGAAAGUGACUGAAGGCUGAUAGCAAUGUUGUAAUUUAUUGGGUCCGGUCACUGUUAAGCCAUCUAGUCGUAUUACAGAAGGUCAAGACCCCUUUUGACUGACCAAUUAGACUUGUACUUAAACAACCACCAGUUGGUCAUGUCUCAUAAAAAGGCUUUGGCUUGUAUCUGUAGCAGCAAUGAGCCUGAGGUGAAAGUGGCGCUGUGUACAAAAGCAGAGUAUCUAUGCCCGAGCUAAUCCUUUAUACAAAUCACCAUUGCAAAAUGGGACUUGUUUCAUGAUCAACUAACCCCCUAAUGCUGUGUUAUCUUUUUAUUCUUCAAAAUUCUCACCCUGCUACCAAUUCCCACAAAAUGCUAAUGUGACUUACUGAAAUGAAGGUAGAGCUUGUGUUUUAAGUCAUGAAGCUAUGAGCAAACUGUAUUAGCAAAUCAGAAACAGCAAAUGGGUGAACCUCUUGGGGACUAUAGGUUAAUUUUAUUGAAUUCAUACAUUCUUCCCAAACUGCUUUUCUUUCUUUAGACACCAGAUUGUGUAUAAAACAGGAUACCAUCCCUCGGGUAUAGUUUUGUUUUAAAACCCUGACAUCUGUCUAAUUCAAUAUUGAGAGAUCUGGCAAUACCUGUAUUCAGAGACAUUUAGUUUAGUAAAGUUUGAAUACUGCCAAGUAAAAGAUGACUUUGCAAUUUUGAUUAAAUUUUUGAAUAUUUUACAGAAUCUAAAGCUUACCCUGUCCUCUUCUUGGGUUCUGACACCUGAGCUAAUUAACCUUUUUUCAGAAUCCAUUCUGCUUUUGUUGCUGCUCUUGUACAAGACAUGUAUCAACCUACUUUAUAUCAUUUCCAGUUCUUUGAAUUGCGUAUCAUCUGUGAAAUGAUGGACCACUUUCCAUUCCAUUGCUAACCCCAUUAAACAGUGUUGUAAGGAAUUAAUAUGAAGUCCUGUUUCUACAUAGUUCUGACUGGAUGAAUCAAAGGAAAAUAAUCUAAUGAAUACUAAAAACAUAUCUUGCACAGGUCUUUUUUCUACAAUGCUAUAUUUCCAACAGCUGUGACAGAUAUGCAACUUUUACCCUUUUGCAAUUCCAAUUUCACCAAGAUUGGUUUCCAGCCAAAAUUGGUGAUGAUUUGGAUAUUGUUGAUGAUAUGUUUGCUACAAAUAUUGCCCAACUUAUUGAACUUGUGUAUCCAUCAACUUUUGACAGUAUAGGAACUGAGACUGAGAAGAAGACUGCCUUUUUUAUUGUUUCAUUGACAGUCCUGAGAUUCUUUUCCCUCAACAUUUUUCAAUUUGUUUGUUUCUGAUCCACUGCACCAAUAGUCUUAUACAUUUCCUGUCUUUUAUUUGUAGACUGUAUUUGCCAAAACUGUUUUUCUCAACUGUGUAUCUUGCCUUGCAACAAGCUUCAAGUUAUUCUGCGUGCAUUCUUCUUAUGGAUUGGCUCCUGAUAGUCUAUCUCCCUAAUCAUCUGUCUUCUAACCAUUGUUCUUAUUGUUUCUUAUUGCAAUCUACUUUCCACCAACUUUAGUUAACCUAUUGCUCUACCUAGAGCUAGUUUGGAAGAAGAUUGUGGAACAGGCUACCACAAAAAUUUGUUAAAGUCAAAAGUAUGGAUGUAUAUUAAGGGAAAGUGGGCAGUCAUUGAGGAAGAAAGGAAUAGAUGGCCAUGAUGGUACAUUUUUAUGAGAAAGGAUGGGAGGCUGAAGUGGAGAAUAAACGCAAAUUGAAUGGUUGGGCUGAAUAGCCUGUUUCUGUGCUGUACACUACUAUAUAAACCUAUCUAGGAGAAAGAAAAAUUGAUGAGAGAGAAAAGAAAAUUUGGAAAUGUUGCCAUUUUACUAAUGGGGCAGCAAACUACUCUAGCGAUACUCACUAAUUAUUCUACCUCAGACAUUAAACUCUCUUAUUGCACAAUUUUGAUUUCAAACCUGCACUUGAAUAUUUGGGAGGUUGUUUGGAUAUUGUUACACUGCAGAGUAACUUGGUAAUUCUUGGUGCAGUGCAUCAGAUUUAGCUGAGCUGGGCCAUGUUAUGACUCAUCAAACUCAAAUAUCAUGGACACAAAGACAGGAGAUUGCAAACAUCUUUGAAUUUGGAACACUUAAUGCUGAUACCAUAUGUAACUUGAACUAUGACCCCAUGUCCCCUUGUACUGAUCGUAUCUCAAAGUCAUUCUUUCACUUUAAAGAUUGUGUUAGACCUUGUUUGUCUGGAGUGUGGCAUUUUCCACCAGACUAGCUAUUCAUCAGCUUUUGAUCACCAAAGGCAAAGUCUUAGGAUAAACCAAAAGUGAACAGCUGGAUUAUAAUUGGAGGAAAUAUGUUGCAGAUAUUGGGAUUUGUGAGUUUGCAUCCAUGCCACAUCAAUUCCAGUACAUGCUUAAAACUAGAGAUGUCUUAAGUUGGCUCAUUGGUUAGCACAUUCCAUUGCGAUCCUGUAUUUUUGAGCAGUCCACAGUUUGAAUAUAGCAUUGAUUAUUUCUAUUUCCUUUACAACAAUAGGAAAAAUGAUUGUUUGAAGCUUUUGCUGUUGUGUAUUGCGUUUCAUUAUGGCAUAGUUGGAAUUGAACCUAGCUUUGCAGUAACCAUUAAGUAUCAGUUUACAUACAAUCUGAGAAUCACAGGUGAUGUUUAAAACCUCUUCUCCAACUCCCUGAGAUUUUCGAAAUGUGAAGUCGAAUUUUAUAUAUCCUUCCUGAUACUACCCAAAACUUAGAACAAAUUCCAUAUCUUGACCUCUGCUUGCAAUUUAAUGUUCUGAACCAUCAAGUUAUCCUUGUGGCUCCUUUGUGAAAUGACUGUAAUGUAUCGAAUUACACUGGGCCAUUGAAUCAAUUGUGGCUUUUGAAUCCUCUGCUUCACAGACUGCAAGGCUGACUAUGUUGUAUUGAAAAGUAGAAGCAAAGAACUUUUCCUUUUAAUGCCGGUGGUGCUACUAUCUCUCAGCCAGCAAGACUGAGUGAAACAUUCAGAAUGCUGUCCCAUGACAGGUAGUUGCAUACUUUGCCUGUGGGUGGCACUAUAAAGUCAGCAUGAAUGUUAAACCAUGAUAACCUGAUAGCUGUAUUGUGGCUAUGUCUGUACUUCAGCCUGAAGAUCCAGGUUCAAAUCCCAUUCACUUUGGAGGUGUAUCACAGCAUUUGUGAUCAGGCCAAUUAAAAUAACAAGCCCUAUAAAGGGACAAAGGUUGACUAGCUCACUGAUUAAGAAAGGGAAGACCCCAGGAAUACAAAACUAGUGAGCACAAGAUAAAAGUGGUCUUUCAAACAUUAUAUUUGACUUAAAGCCUUACUAGCAAAGUAACAAAUUAGAAUGAUGCAGGUCCUGUUAUAAUGAACAACGAUUGGUUAGCAAUGCGGAGCUGGCCUCUGACCUGAAGUUCCUUCACAUGGCCUGAUUCUUGGAGCAUAGUCCUGUAACAAACCAUCAUAAUGCAGGACAAAAAUUUUCAUUGAAAGCACAGAUAAUUAAUUGUUCUAUACCAGUGGAGUGCAUUUUCCAGUAUGCCUGGGAAUGGAGAUGGGAUGGCCAGCAAUGGGACUUUGAGGGUGUUGAGGUUAAUUUUACAGUGCUCAUUCAUGUUAAAAUAUGUUGGUGACAUAAUCAAAUGAAUAGCUUCUCUUGAUUAUGUUACCAUCAGAUUUUGAGUUGUAAAUCAGUGUGAAGUGCCAAAAAUGGAUAGUUCAAUUCAGGUGACAUUAAAAAUGUUUACAGUUUUAUAUAUUCAUUUCAAUAGUUUCUGUUUGCUAAAAGGAUUUUUGUAGUUUUAAUGUUUGUUCCUCAAUACAAAGCUGCUGGCCAGUGAAUGUUGAAGAUUAGAUUGCUCUGUUGCAGUGUGGGAGAAUGGGGUGGAUUUUAUGGACCAGCUGGCAUUUUCUGGCCAUCUAUUUGUAUAUUGUAAUUUUUUUUCCUUCGCAGUGUUAUGUGUAACCUCUGUAGGAUGAACAGCAAGGACUGGCCUACAGUUAUGCUGUCAAAAAAUUUUGAAAUAAUAACAUCCCAAAGCUGUAGAGUACUGACAGUCUGCCCGUGGGGAGAGCUGACUGCUGUCUUCUAUGUGGUAAUGUGAGAAAGUAAGGCAUCGUCACUUCCUAUACCAUGAAAUAAAAUUUAAAUUCCCAGUGCUUUCAGUUACCCUUUCUCAUGUUUUCCCAGCUCGCUCAAUGGGCACAGCAUUGAAUCUCUUAAGCUCAGGGUUGUGGCUACAAGCUGUUUGUUGGGCAUUUUUUAAAAAACAAUUAAGAACCAGAGGGCACAGUCUUAAAGUGAUUUACAAAAGAAGCAAACAGAAAUGAGAGAAAGCUUUGGAUGAUUAUUUGGAUAGAAAUAACAUGCAACAGUGUGAGGAAAAAACAGAUGAUUGACAGUAGAUAAUGCUCAUUUAAAGAGCUAGUGCAGACAUGUGCCAAAUGGCCUCUUCCUGUUCUGUUACAGUUGAUUAUGUAAUGUUUUUUAAAAACCAAAACUCAGGAAAGAUGCUGGUAAAUGUCAGUAUUGGAAUAGUUUUUCAAAAGUAGCAAAUGUACAGAAAUGCUCACUUUAUUAAAAGAAAAUCAACCUA